CGAUAUGAUUCCUCCUUGGGAUUGUUGACGAAAAAGUUUAUUGCAUUGCUUCGAUCCAGCUCACAUGGUGAGCUGGAUUUAAAUCGAGCGGCCACUUUGCUUAAGGUGCAAAAAAGACGCAUAUAUGAUAUCACCAACGUGCUUGAGGGCAUA